UCCCGGCGCCCGGGACCCCCGCCCGCCGCUCGCCCGCAGCCCGCCGGCCGCACACGUCUCCGGAGCCGGGCCUAGGGCGGGCAGCGGCUUGGCGUGGCCGGGCGGGCUCGGCGGCGUCCCCAUGGCCGCGGCCGGCUGGCGGGACGGCUCCGGCCAGGAGAAGUACCGGCUCGUGGUGGUCGGCGGAGGCGGCGUGGGCAAGUCGGCGCUCACCAUCCAGUUCAUCCAGUCCUAUUUUGUAACGGAUUAUGACCCAACCAUUGAAGAUUCCUACACAAAGCAGUGUGUGAUAGACGACAGAGCAGCCCGGCUAGAUAUUCUGGAUACAGCAGGACAAGAAGAGUUCGGAGCUAUGAGAGAACAGUAUAUGAGAACUGGCGAGGGUUUCCUGUUGGUCUUUUCAGUCACAGAUCGAGGCAGUUUCGAAGAAAUCUAUAAGUUUCAAAGACAGAUUCUCAGAGUGAAGGAUCGUGAUGAGUUUCCAAUGAUUUUAAUUGGUAAUAAAGCAGAUCUGGAUCAUCAAAGACAGGUAACACAGGAGGAAGGACAGCAGUUGGCACGACAGCUGAAGGUAACGUACAUGGAGGCAUCAGCCAAGAUGAGGAUGAACGUAGAUCAAGCUUUCCACGAACUUGUCCGGGUUAUAAGGAAAUUUCAAGAGCAGGAAUGUCCUCCUUCACCAGAACCAACACGGAAAGAAAAAGACAAGAAAGGCUGCCAUUGUGUCAUUUUCUAAGAAUCCCUUGAAUUAUAGCUACCAACUGCCAGGAAAAGCCCUCAUCUUCUCCUUUUCUCUUUAUGGUUUACAUCACAUCAU